GCCAUCUUUUCUAUAUAUUUGAUCGUUGUUUGUAAACGUUCAAAUAAGGCAAUCAUCUCUGGCACGCAAAGCGUCGUAAUUUUUAAUGUAAUGGAUGCGAAAAAAAAUCUCAACCGGCGUACUAAGCGAUCUUCAAAAGGUGCUGAAGAAAAUUAUUGGGAUUGCAGCGUUUGCACUUACAGAAAUUCUGCUGAAGCAUUUAAGUGCUUGAUGUGUGAUGUACGAAAAGGAACUUCUACCAGGAAGCCUCGAAUAAACCCACAACUUGUUGCACAGCAAGUAGCUCAGCAGUAUACUCAGUCUCAACCAAAGCAAAAAAGUUCUAGCUCAAGACCUGACAAAGAGAAAAAAUCUUCUGGCGACAAAAGUGCAAAAAAAAUUAGGCCAAGAUUGAAAAACAUAGACCGCAGCAGUGCACAGCAGAAAGCAGUUACUGUCAACAACGUGACUGUGAUAAUUACAGAAUUUCAACCUAAGAGGAGGAUGUCAUCAGAUAAUGCUGCUAAUGGCCCUGCUAGUAGUAGUGGCAACAGCACUGAUAGUAGUCAAUCAGACUCUGCCAGCCACAGUGAAACUCAAAAUGGUGACGUUCUAUCUGAUCGUAGAUGAUGCUGUCGUAACUUUAUUGUUUUCAUGUUAAUUGUUUUCGUUGUGAUUGUGAUAUACUGGAACUGUGCUUCUGCAGUAGUAUACAAGUUGAAGACGUCAGUGUAAUAUUAUACAAGAAUUUUAACGCAUCAUUGUCGCUCAUAAUCAGGAAGAUGUGCCAAUAUUACAUCAAAUGCAUUUCAUCAUCGGUAAACAAAACUAAACUGUGAUUUUUGAAAAAGAAAUCGGACUAUCGUAUGAUAGAAUUUACUCAGGCUUUACUACAAAAACUUGGUUGUUUUUAUAUUAAACUGCCAUUUUACGAAUGAAUGUAAAUAUCAUUGUGCUGUAUUUACUGUUUUAGCAAGUUUAUUGGGGGGGAAAAAUUAAACAUGAUCAGAACAACUUAGUACCUUUACUUUUGUACAUUUUAUAAAUUUUGAUCAAAAUUUAAUGCAAGUGAGAUCAGGGCCUAUUCAUUAUCAAUCACAUAUUAUUUUGAAUCUAUCUUACCAUAUGUAUUAUAAUUAUAAUGUGGACUUUUCCCCUCCAGUAGGUACUUGUUAAAAAAAGGGGGGGGGGUGAUUAGCAUAUAUUUAUGCUUUUAUUAUGGUAGUUAAUUUCAGCCAGAUUAUUUUAUAGAAAAAUAUCACUAAUGUGGCUGUUGUACUAAGCAGGAAAAAAGUGUUGAGGUUGCUUGAUGCUUUACUUAUUGAGUUUUUAAAAGGGAUGGUUUCUAAAAGGGUAUGGUCUUACAUGGUUUCUAAAAGGGAAUUUUCGCUGGUACAACAGUUGUACCAGCAUUGGAGGGAAAAAGUUGUCAUCAUUUUUUUGUAAUUGCUCUAUAUUUUAAUGGGGGAAAAGAUCACUUCUUCUCAAAGGUAAAAGUAUUAUGUGUAAAACAGUAAAUGGUUUAUUGAAACAUUAACUUUUAAUUCAUCGUUUUAAUAUAUAGGUUCAUUCUGCCAUGGGCAGGGAAAGGGCACUAACUGCAAAUUUUCACUUUUUUUGCAUUUUUGUCAUCUACUGUAUGUUUGCUUGACUGCACAAGCUUUCUUAUUUGGUUUGUGCUGAAAAAAGCAUUGCAAUUCCAACAUUUCUUUAUUAACAUUGAAUUCAAGACUCAAUAUUUCAAACUCAUUUCUGCAGAUACUGCCGUUUACCUGCCCACAACAGCAUUGUUUUUUGUUUGAAUCAUUACUAAGAUGCAGUGUAUAAGCUUUUAUAUUAACAGUUUUUUAAACUAUAGGUUUUCUUUUGUUUGAAGAAAAAUCGAAGCGUUUAACCACCAAUGUAUAUUUAUUAUGAUUCAUUUACAAUAGUGUGCAAGUAAUGCAGUCGAAUUGAUCCUUAAAGUUAUUUUAACAUUGAAUGCCAUGUUAAAAUUUGAAUAGAUUAUUAUUAUUAUUAUUAUUUUUUUUUUUUUGCAAAUUGAUAAGCAAGUUCAUUAUUUAUUUCAAUUAUUAGUUUGAAAUUUGCAUUUGAAUUUAGUGCAUCAGAACCAGUUUUUUUUGGUAAUUAUGCUAAUCACAGAAGUUAAUUGUCAUUAAAUGUUUAUUCAUAUAUGCCAACAGUUCCCAUUUGAGCAUUCAUAUUCAGAAUACAUUCAGAUUUGUUUCAUGUGAUCUGAAUUAAAGGCUUAGAAAAAAAAUUCUAGAGUAUUUUCUAAUUUUUUAUGAGUCUUACAGCUUUCUUAUAAGAAUUGAUGUCAUUCU